AUAUGUUGGAUUCAGACAAAAGCAUAGUAUAGAUAUUUUUGACAGAAAUAUUCCCUCCCUCUUAUGGCCAGAGUUUACUGAGAGCAGAUAUUAGCACUCAGCCAGAAGCCCAGAAUGGAGUUAGCAACUGCAAGAGCAAGCAUAGUCCAAGUUUGCGUUUGUGCUUCAGUAACUAAGCCUCUCCGGAGUCAAUGCGAUUUCCUUCCAAAUCCGAACCUUGCUUCUGCUUCCCCUCUCUUCUUUUGUUUUCAGAAGAAAUGCAAAUUGAAUAGUCAAAAACCAGUUCAAGGUGCUGCAGUCUCGAAAAUAUCAUGCAGUUUACUGAAUGUGGAAAAUGAGAUAAAUGAUGAAGCAUGUGAAUUAGUCAGUGGAGUAGAGGUUUCACUUGGAGAUGACGAUGAUAAUAUGAGUGCAUAUCUGCUCAAGGCAGUCAAAAAUAAUAAUGGAACCGGCCUAUUGCUUCUUUCAGAUAUUUUUGGAUUUGAGGAUUCCUCCACUAGAGAUUUUGCAUACCGGGUAGCUUGCAAUGGUUACAACAUUCUAGUUCCUGACUUGUUUCGCGGAAAUCCAUGGACAAAGGACCAGCCAAAGAGUGCAUUUGAACAAUGGAUUGCAAGUCAGGAUCCUGAGAGGAUUGCAAAAGACAUCACCACAUGGACAAAAUGGUUGGUUGAUGAAUUCAUAGCUGCAGGAAUUUCCAGAAAACUUGGUAUAAUUGGCUUCUGCUUUGGAGGUGGGAAAGUGUUAGAGGUGCUGGCACAAGACCAAGGCGCUUAUUUCGGCACCGGAAUCUCCUUCUAUGGCACAAGGAUGGAUCCACUUGCUGCUUCUGAUGUAAAAGUUCCUGUCUUGUUUAUUUUAGGGGACAAUGACCCUCUUUGUGCUGUAAGCGAAAUUGAAAAUAUUGAGAAGAAAAUAGAUAGGGGCUCCAAAGUAGUGAUAUUUCCAGGUAGAGGUCAAGGAUUUGUACACCGGCCUGCAUCUCUUGAAGAAGAUGAGGAUGCUGAACAAGCCUUUGUGAUUAUGAAAGACUGGCUACAUGAUCAUUUGAUGGUAUAAAAUGAAAUACUGAGGCUAUACAUAAUGUCUAUUAACUUUUUCAUAAGAUUCGUUCUUUUUUUCUGCA